CGUUCGUUGGGUGAACAUAGUCAUUCUAAAUACAAUAUGACAGAAUCAGAGGUAGUGGUAAACGUGCCGCAUUUUGCUUGUCGCUCUAUCGAUGGCUUGGAAGUUCUACGUCGAGCAGGCGCUGACAAUGACACCUGUCUUCCGGCAACGUGUAAGAUAAGAUGUAUGAAAUGGAGCCCUAAUGGUGCUUACAUAGCAUACUCUGCGUCUGGAAAGGUGUUCAUUGUAUCGUCCAAGGAUUGGAGUGUGGUGAUGGAGGUUGGACAUCCAAAUGUCAAUAAAAUCUUCUUCUCUCCUACUUCCACUGUACUGUUCACAUACGCAAGAUACGAGACCGACAAGAAUCAUGUAGGCAAAGACAAUCUGAAGGUUUGGAGAAUUUCCAAAAAGGAAGACGACGCGACAAAACCAAUGUUUAGCGCUGUACAACGCGGGGAUGAGUGGACACCGACUGUCAGUCCAGAUGGUCUACUAUUCGGGAAGACAGUUACAAACACGAUUCAAUUUUUCGACUUGAACAACAUGGAGAACGGCAUUCUGCGCAAGUUGCAUCUCGAGGGUGUCAACAAAUUUUCAAUCUCAGGUGGCAAGGACACCAAUAUUGCAGCGUUUGUACCAACGAAAAAGGGUAUACCUGCCAAAGUGGUGAUAUACAAAUAUCCUAAUCUGGAGAAAGUUGUGACCUCUAAGAGUUUUUUCAAAGCCGAUACGGUAGAUUUGAAUUGGAACUCGACCGGAACUGCACUACUUAUUCACACACAUGUGCACGUGGAUCAAAGUAACAAGUCGUACUAUGGGGAGAACCAGCUUUACUUUCUGUCGGCGGAUGGCUCCACAUCAAGUAAUGUUGAGCUCGGCAAGGAAGGUCCUAUCUAUAGCACAGAAUGGAACCCGGAUGGAAAGGACUUCACUUGUGUGUUUGGAUAUAUGCCUGCUAAAGCUAUGUUAUUCGAUGACAAGUGCAAGGCCAUUAUGGAUUUUGGCACUGGUAAAAGAAAUUUGGUCUCAUACAGUCCAAGCGGCCAGGUUAUUCUUCUGGCCGGAUUCGGCAAUCUGCGUGGGGAGAUGGAAUUCUGGGACAGGAAAAAGCUGCGCAUGGUUAGCAAAUUUCAAGCACAAGACACCACUACCUUCGAGUGGGCCCCUGAUGGGGAACAUUUCAUCACCGCCACCCUAUCACCACGCCUGCGCCAGGAUAACGGUUUCAAGGCGUGGCACUACGAUGGAACACUCGUUAAUUCUAAAGACUAUCAAGAAUUGUAUGAGGUGAAGUUCAUGCCCCAGCCAGAGGGAAGUUACGAGGCUAAAAAGUGCAUCGGUGUGCAAGCAAAUACCAAAGCUAAAGUACAGGCCGAAGUGAAACCCGCUGCCUACCGCCCACCAGGAGCUCGUAAUACUGUCAACACAGUCGAUCUGCACGCGGACGUUCACGAGAAGGCACAACGCUUGGACAUAGCACCUAAGAAGCCAGGCGUCGUAGGUGCAGCCGAGCUGUCGAAGGCCGCGUUGAAGAACAAAAAGAAGCGGGAGGCGAAGGCAAAGAAGGCCGCGGAGGGCGGGCCAGAGGUUCCAGCUGAGCAACAAGAGAAAGUAGUCGAAGCUAAGUCUGGGGCUGUACCCGAACCCGAAGCAAAGCAGGAGGAGACCCUUGCUGACAUGUCUAAAAGGUUACGGAAUCUUAAAAAGAAGCUGCGCGCCAUCGAGACCUUGAAGAGCUCGACCGCCUCUGAUGAGCUGGACACUGCACAGUUGGAGAAAUUGGCCACGGAGGGUUCGGUUACCGAUGAAAUAAAAGAGAUCGAGUACAAAUUAGCAGCCAUGUAAAUUUAAACGGGCCUAAAUCCUGCCGAGUAGAUGUACAUAAUGAAUAAAUUAUUAGUAUAUAAUGGGUAA